GAAAAGUUAGAUUGAAAGCCCGGUUCAGGUUACUCCAUUGUGCUGGUGGUCACAUGCGUGUGGAGCCAGCGCUAUAAAUGGAGGGAUCCGUCCACGGAGGAGAGCAGACGCGACUCAAGAUGAAGACUUACAGAUCCACGCUGAUGCUGGUCCUCCUCGUGUGGCAGCUCGGCCUGUUUCUGCAGGCCGACGCCCAGGUCCCAGACCAAUGCAUUCUCAGCAACACGUUCAGAAGUCCAGAAAAUGCCGACAUAAACGUAACAUGUGGCACCCAGUACAUGGACCUCAGCAUCUUGAUUUGUCCUAUUUAUAGCUCUCAGUACAACGAGUCCCUGAUGGUGCUCAACAAUCAGUUCAACAAACCGGUGUGCUUCGGAAAAGCCGACUGGAAUGUCACUCCGCCAGUUUUGAAAUUUAGAUUCCCCAUAAAUGAAACUUCCUUGUCAGACUGCGGCAACAACUUCCAGAUAACCAAUCAGGUUGGAACUGGAGAAUUUGCAGACUACUCCAAAGUGGAGUUUGUGAACAUCUCAGGCAGGGUCAUGUCUGUUGACCCGUCCUCUGGCAUGAUCACCUACCGACCGCAGAUCCAAUACAUGUUCUCCUGCAAGUACCCAAUGCAGUACCUGCUCAACAACACUCAGCUCAGCGUAUCGGGUGUCAACGUUGCCAUACGAGACAACAACGGUAGCUUCAUCAGUACCCUGAAAAUGGAGCUCUACCAAGACGUAGGAUACCAGAAUCCACUUACCAUUCCUCCAACAGGACUCAACCUGAAAACCAAGAUCUACGUUUCAGUAAAAGCAACCAACCUGACAGAAAAGUUCAACUUGCUGCUGGACCGAUGCUACACCACCACAGGCCCUUUUCCCAUGCAGACCAAUUAUUACGACCUCUUUGUCGGGUGUAAUCGUGACCCGCAGACCAAAGUGGAGAUAAACGGCGUUUCGCAGAGCGCUCGCUUCUCCUUUGAGGCCUUCAGAUUUAUAGAGCACAAGAAUCUGACAGUUUCCACUUUCUACCUGCACUGCGUCACCAGGCUGUGUGAGAAAAGCACCUGCAGCUCCUUACUGCCUGUCUGUAGUGGUCAAAACCGUAGAAGGAGAGAAGCUACGGAUGUGCCGACCAACGCUACGAUCACCUCUCAGCAAAUACGCGUCAGCCAACAGACCGCUGAUGAUGGAGGUACGCUGGCUUCUCAAACUUCAUCGGCUGAAAGUAUUGCAUCCGCUUUCUCCUCGUUGCUGUUCUCGUUGCUGCUUGCCGUUUGCUCCACGAAAUUCGACUAAAACGCCCCCGGGGUCAGGGGCAACGUCACCUGACGAAGAAUGAAGCCAAUCAUAAAUCACAGCACAUCAGCUGCAAAGCAGGGUGGGACGGGAUUUUACACUAGAUCAGGUAGUCAUGAGAUUCAAACGCAGUUUUACAGCUAAUACACAGUUGUACUAGUUGUUAAGAAGAAAAUAAGGGCUCAGCUGGUGUAUAAUAACAGUGCAUUGUAAUUAUAUCUCGGUCAUAAUCAUUAUAUUGGAUUCAUUUCCAUGUAUUUAAUGAGAGUUGACAACUUUUAUAAUCAGGAAUGUUGUAAUUGUUUUGUUUCGUUUUGUUUUCUUGCUGGGAAUAAAGAGAAAAGCGAUUUAA